AUGAAGCAUCAAGGAGGAUGGGAUGUCGGGAUGCGUGUGCCGACAUUGAGAGGCGAUUUGCCGUCAAAUGACAAGAACUGCUAUGCCUUUAUGUAUGCAUGCGCUGUUGGAAAGAGCAUGUUGGACUCUUCGAUCUUUGCAAAGGUUUUUUGCUACAACCUGGAGUGCCAGCCAGGAAAUCUCAGAGGAUUUCAGGAUUCCUUGGACACUCAAUAUGAGUGUGUAACCUUUGGAGACCUUCGUCCACAGCCCAUCACCUUGGUUGGUCACACUCGGGGUUUGGUCCUUGAGACUCGGCGCACGGUCGUUCCACACAGUUUCAAGUACCGACGUCAACAGAUUGCGGCCAUGCGGAGAGCCAGGCUUGUUGCGUAUCAUUUACAUGUAUUGGCACAUGAGCAGAUUUUUGACUUUCAAGAGGAUGUCUCCUCUGAGUCCAGUGAUUUGGAUCCCAAAUCGUCAGAGAGUGAGCAAUUUUUUGAUUGCCAAGAGGAAGGCUCCACUGGUAUAGACGUCCAGCCUACGGACUCCUAUGAUUCCUAUCUCGAGGUCAGAGGUAUGGCAACAGAAAUCAUUCGAGUUUUUCACCAACAAGCAGAGCAUUUCGAAAGUCUUCGAGCACAGCUCCACUUGUUGGCUUGUGACAACCUGUCUGAAAUCAAAGAUGUGCUUUCCCAGACUGCCUCAGGUAGCUCUGGUGAUAGGAUGGCGAAGUGGGAACCGCUUGAUCCGAAUCAAGGAUGUGAGGACAUGCGAGUGGUCCUAAAUUUGCCAGACAAGGUCGUCGAGAUCAUCGAAGCAGCCGUGAGGGCGUGGAAGGACGAACACAGAGAAUUUCCUUCUCAGCAGCUCACCAAAGUGCUGCAGAUGUUGGGAUGCUAUUUUACAAAGCACAAUUUCGAUCAAUUCAAGCUUGAAGAGAGCGUCAAAGAGGACCUGCAGUACUAUUUUCGUAUUCCUGGAUUGUCGGACUUAAGUCCGGCUGAUGUGAAAGAGCUGCCAGAAAUACUGGAGAGUGAAUGUCAACAAAAAUUGGGUAUCAGCACAGUGGAAUUGAACGAACUUCGUCUUCGUAUAUAUCUUGCGAAAGGCAGCUGCUGGAUCGGCCUUGUUUCACCUGUGAAGCUGGAUGCAGAUGCACUGAAGCAGUGCUUGGAAGCCUUUGUCAAUCAACGGCGUUCUGCUGGCAUCACCUGGGCCUUUGCCGAGAGUCCUCAAGAAGUUCUACCACUGGAUGUGUUGGGCUUCCAGAAGUGUGUGCGCUUGGUGGAAGGGAUGAGAAGCAAGCUAGACAUUCCGACAUUUGUUCUUCUGAGAGGCUCCUUCUUUCGGGACAUUGCAAAACAAAUUCUGCAGAAGCAGGCUAAGAAUGUGUUAGAAGAUUGGCAAUUGAGAUUGGUGAACAACUGCCGAGAUCUGAAAGAUGAUGAAUGGUACAACACUCAAGAAGAUGCCGACCUUUGUUUCGUGACCAGUCUCCACUGGCCUACUCUGAACUGGAGGGCUCCACAGCUAUUGAAUCUCUUAAAGAAGUUUGCCAAGUUUACCAGGCACGAGCAGGACAGGCAAGUCCUACAAGUGGCAGCAUUCUUGAUCCAUACUAUUCAAGAAUCUCCUGAUGAUGUGCAGUCGCUGCUUGGAACAGGAGUCAUUUUGGCGGUGACGACAUCCCUCAGAAAAGCAGUCAACCAUUACACCCCUAGUAUCCCCUAG